ACAGCGACAGUCAUGCAUCUUUUAACCAUCACAAGUUCCUCUGGCCCUAACGCCGAAAAACCACCACAUAAGAAGAAGAAGAAAAUGCAUGGUCCGAGGCCAUCGUCGCUGUUACUACUUCCAGAUGAUUUAUCUCUGAACUGCUUAGCACACGUGCCUCGACGUUACCACCCGUCGGUUUCAAUGGUCUCCACAACCUUGAGGCGUCUCAUCGCCUCGCGGGAGAUUUACGUAGAAAGGUCACUACUUCGCCGAACGGAGCACGUCCUCUACGUCGCGCUUAGAUAUUGCGUUACAGAUACCCCUCGAUGGUACACUCUCAAUCUCAAACCUUUCGGACAACAAGAAGAAUCUGGAGUUAACUAUAGUUUGGUUCCUGUCCCGUCGCCGUUCCCUUCGGUUCCUUCUUGGGGAAUGUCCAUCGUCACCGUCGGUUCAAAGAUUUAUGUUAUCGGUGGAUGCGUCAAAGACAGGUUCGUCUCCACUGGGUUUGUCAUCGACUGUCCAUCGUACACGUGUCGCUUCCUCCCUAGGAUGAAGCAAAAAUGCGGCUGCGCCGCCGCGGAGAUCGUCGACGGGAAGUUGUACGUGAUCAGAGGGUGUAAGCCUAAGUCUUUGAACUGGAUAGAGGCUUUUGAUCUCGAGACUGAAACUUGGGAGACUGUGACGGGUGUGUACAACGUGGAGGUGCAUGAGCAUGAGAAAAUGAUCAGGAGUUUCGUGAUGGAUGGUAAGAUUUACUUGAUGGAUCGAAACAAUAGCUUUGUUUACGAUCCGAAAGAACGAAGGCUGGAG